AUGAUGAGGACGAGAGAGAACGUUGAUGAGCCCAGUGCCACACUAAGCCCUAACGCGCCCCCCAAGCGCAGGUACAUUUAUCUGGAAGUGUUCCUGCAGGGAGGCGCGCCCUGGGGUUUUACUUUGAAAGGUGGUCUGGAGCACGGAGGACCAUUAAUCAUCUCUAAGAUUGAAGAAGGGGGCAAAGCUGACUUGGGGAGCUCCAAACUGCGGGCUGGCGACGAGGUCGUACACAUCAAUGAGUUCGCGCUGAGCAGCUCUAGAAGGGAGGCCGUAUCCCUGGUGAAAGGAUCCUACAAGACCCUCAGGCUGGUGGUGCGAAGAGACACAUGGGCAGAGCAGAGCCAUGCGGCCACUGGCACCUCUGACACCUUCAACCCUGAGCCCCUCCCUUCAGAGCCCCAGCAGAGGAAAGCGGCGUGGUCGGGAGGAGUUAAGCUUCGCCUGAAGCACAGGCGCAGUGAACCCGCGGGCCGACCUCACUCUUGGCAUUCAACCAAAUUUGGGGAGAACCAACCUGAUGCCAGCAUGAUGCAAAUAUCCCAGGGCAUGAUUGGCACUCCUUGGCACCAAAGCUACCAUUCCAGCUCCUCUACCAGUGACCUCUCCAACUAUGACCAUGCUUAUCUGAGGCAGAGCCCUGACCAGUGCAGCUCCCAAGGGAGCAUGGAGAGCUUGGAGCCCAGCACAGGAUACUCACCCUGCCAUCUGCUUUCCCCUGCCAAGUCCACCAGCAGCAUUGACCAGCUCGGCCACCUCCAUAACAAGAGAGACUCUGCUUACAGCUCCUUCUCUACCAGCUCCAGCAUCCUAGAGUAUCCCCCUCCUGGCGUCUCUGGUCGGGACCGUUCAGGCUCCAUGGAUGCCUCUUUUGCUCGAAGUGCCCUCCUGGAGGGAAUGAGGCAGGCAGACAUUCGCUAUGUCAAGACAGUCUAUGAUACCCGAAGGGGAGUCUCAGAAGAGUACGAGGUAAACUCUUCAGCCCUGCUUCCUCAGGGUAGAGAGACCCGAGUGUCAGCAGAAAGUCAGAGCCAUGAUAAAUGGCAGAAUGCCCCUCGUAACAAGGGAGUGCCAACCCCCUCCUGGAACCAGCAGACCCCCAGUUCCUUGGAGACAGCAGCUGACAACCCACCUCCUAAAAUGGGUGCACCCCUACCCCCGGCACGGAGCGACAGCUAUGCAGCAAUCCGCCACCAUGAGAGGCCUAGUUCCUGGUCGAGCCUUGAUCAGAAACGGUUCUGCCGGCCUCAGCUAAACUCAUCAGGCUCCCUGAAGACUCCAUUCAUAGAGGAACAGCUGCAUACUGUACCAGAGAAGAGUCCGGAGAGCAGCCCCCCAGUGAAGCCCAAGCGAAAUUAUAUCCAGAAGGCGCAACCAGGACAACCUAUGCUCCCCACUGGCAUCUACCCUGUACCUUCCGUGGAGCCACACUUUGCUCAGGUGCCCCAUGUUUCCAUGAGCAGUAAUGGCAUGCUCUACCCUGCACUAGCCAAGGAAAGUGGAUAUACAGCCCCGCUGACAGCUGGUGACAAGAUAGCCACCUUUGAUGAGAAUGGGAACCAAAAUGGGUCUAGCAGGCCUGGCUUUGCCUUCUACCAACCCCCAGAACCUGACUCCCGGUACCCAGUGGAGAGAAAAUCAGAAGCAGCUGCCGCCAAGUUUGUUCCCUAUAAAGCCCAUUUCCCAUCAGUGCCUGAAAAUGAGGAGGAGAUUUCUCUCAGGAGACAUCUUCCAUCUCCCCAGGGCAAUGGCCCACAUCCCAUUGAAAGAAAGGGUACCCCUAGCAACAAACCAUAUCCUAAUCACCACAGCCUCAAACCCCCUCAGGCCCCAGCUUGGCAAGUGGAAGAGAAGCGGUCAUCCAGGCCCUUAGAGCCCUGGGAGGUAGAUUUCCAGGAAGACCACAAUGCCAACCCUCAGAAGAGGCUAGACAAAGAAGGCGUAGACCAGAACCUGGUGAAAAACUUUGGCAAAACCAGGUCAGCCUUCUCAUCUCUCCAGAACAUUCCAGAGAGUCUAAGAAGGCAAAGCAUCCCCGAGCUAGGAAGAGGCUCUCAGGAGGGCUACCCAGAUGGCAAGCCAGCCCCUACAGUCAACAUCAAAAUGGAGGACCCUGGCAGGAAAAUUGGUCCAGACCACAGGAGCCACCUGGACAGGCCAGGUUCCUAUCCAAGACCUGAAGUGAGAAACAGCAUUUCAGCCUCUUUCCACAGUUCAGACCCGCUUUAUGAGGAGCCUUCUUCCCCAACGCACCAGCAGAUACCAGGUCUGAGCCGGAGGAGGCUCAGCUCAGGCGUCUCCUCUGCUCUGCAAGGCCUUCCGAGUGGGAAACCCCACUGCUCCGUGCUGGAGAAGGUUUCCAAAUUCGAGCAGCGAGAGCAAGGGAGCCAGAGACCCCCAAGUGUGAGCUGCACCAGUUACGGCCUCGCCUAUAAGCCCAGCAGGUCCGUCUCAACUUCCAAUAAUACUUCUGGGAAUGAGUUUGAAGAGACCAGAGCCAAUAUCCGUUUUUCUGAAUCCAUCGAGUCUCUAGACAGUGGGGAGCAGUACUUCAGAAGCGGGGAGACAAAGUUGGAGGAGGUUUCCCGACAGCCAUCUGGUCAGCAGCCCAGGAGGGGUGCAGAUGGUGGCCAUGGCCCCCCACUCCGGGGUGGUGAGCCCUCUAAGCGUGAUGCUCGCCUCCUCCGCAGUCAGAGCACCUUUCAGCUCUUCAGUGAAGCUGAGAAGGAGGCUGUGUGGCCAGAUGACAGGCCUGGCACUCCUGAGUCGCCUCUGCUGGAUGCCCCUUUCAGCCGCGCCUACAGGAACAGCAUUAAGGAUGCACAGACCCGUGUCCUGGGGGCCACCUCCUUUCGUAGGAAGGACCUGGAACCAGGGGCUUCUGGCUCAUCCAGGCCCUGGCGGCCCCGCCCUGCCUCGGCCCACGUGGGACUGCGGAGCCCUGAGGCGCCCACAGUGGCCUCCCCAUCCCCACACACACCCCGAGAGCGGCACAGCGUCACUCCGGUCAAGGGUGAUGCUGCCCAGGCUGCUGUGCCCCCAGCCACCCGGAGAGGUGCGCGCCGGCGCCUGACCCCCGAGCAGAAGAAGCUGUCCUACUCGGAGCCGGAGAAGAUGAACGAAGUGGGUGUCUCCAUGGAAGCCGAGCCGUCGCUUUUGGGCCCACCGAGGAAGGGGCUGCGCUUUCCGGAGACCACAGUGGCCGACCGCCGCCGGAUCUUCGAGCGCGACGGGAAAGCCUGCUCCACGCUCAGCCUGUCGGGGCCAGAGCUGAAGCAGUUCCAGCAGAGCGCCCUGGCUGACUACAUCCAGCGCAAGACUGGCAAGCGGCCCUCGUCCUCAGUGGGCGGCGCCUUCCAGGAGCCUCCACCGCCGCUGGAGCGCGCGCAGAGCUCCUACUUCCAGCCCAGCCCUGAAGGUCCUGGCCUGGUUCCAGCCUCCAGCCUCAGCUCCCUGCAGGAACCGAACCUGCAGCCCCGCAGAGAGGCUACGCUCCUGCUGGGCACGGCGCCUGGGGAGCUCACACGAGCCCAUCGGGACCGCAGCAGCUCCUUCGCCGGCAGCCGCCUGCUGUGGGAACGGCGGCGAGGGGACCACCAGGCCCCAAGGGAGCCUGCAGCCAGGGCCGAGCUGCCCAGUGGAGCGAACUGUGGACCUCGAAGUCCCCAAAGGAUGGACAGGAUCCCUGGCAAGUCUUCCUCCUGGGGGACCGCAGCCGGGAGGACCGGGAAGUCCAAGUCAGCUGAGGACUUGCUCGAGCGUUCUGAUGCCCUGACCGUCCCUGUCCACGUGCGAUCCAGGUCAUCUCCCAUUGCAGAUAAAAAGCGUCAGGAUAUGCUUUUGGAGGACAAUGGUAGCUUUGGUAUUGUGAAGGAUCCUUGCUCCUUGGCUGGCCCUGGAUCUAGGUCACUCAGCUGUCCGGACAGAGGCCACGAAGAGAUGCCGUCACUUAUUCACCAGCCUAGCCCUCGCUGGGGUGGUGCAGGCUGUAGAAUAGUUGGUGGUCCCCCAGUUCCCAGUGAAUGUCCUGCAACCUUGGACUCUCAGAGGCAAGCCAACAGGACACCUGGCCCCAGGCCACUGCCAGCAGGAACACCUGGCCAUCUUACAGAUACCAGGAUGGGAACCAUGACCCCAGUCAGCUCUGCUGUGCCUUCCACUUUGACCUCCAGCCACUGCUCACAGGGUGCUCCCGACCAGCAGGCUGGGAGGGAUGGUCAGGCAGGGCGACAGCCUCUUCCACCCUUCUUCACCUCUUCAGUAACCCCCAGAAACAACGGUCCCAGUGUGACCCAGCCUCCCAGUCCACAGGGCCCUGAAUCCACCAGCCUAGAGAAUGGAGUAGAGGAAGGGAUGAGGAAGAAGACCUCACUGCCUCAGAGGCCUCCUGCCCCUCGAGUGAAAUGGGCCCACACAGUCCGAGAGAACAGUGUUCCUGAGGAGUCCCUGUCACCUGAGUUUGUAAACCUGAAGCACUAUAAAAGCCAGCAGAGUCUUCCAAGUUCAAGCAGCACUUCUGACCCAGACACGCCCGUUGAGGCCUCAAGCACUCCAGGGAGGAUCUCCCUCCGAAUAUCCGAGUCUGUCCUGCAGUCCUCCCCACCACCCCGGGAUGAUUAUGAAGAUGAGGUGUUUGUAAAGGACUUGAAACCCAGUGCCACUUCCAGCCCCACAUUUGAGGCUCUUCCCCCUCCCCCACCUCCACCGCUGAACCUGGAAGCCCCAGGAAACAGCUUGGAUGACUUUCCUCCACCGCCUCCCCAAGCUGUGUUCGAGGCCCACCUGGACAGUGAGGCCUGUGAGGAUCCUCAUACCAGCUCUAGCAGUUUUUCCAAGUUAUUGAAUGUGCGAGAAAGACCAGUCUCUGGGCCCUCCCAUUUGGUUGGUAGCCAGCUCCUGGCUCCUAGACCUGAAGCUUCUCUCAAGGCUUCAGAGGCCAGUGAGGCCAGCGUGCCCUCUGUCGUGGACAACCAGCUCCAACUGGCAGGAUCUCUUAGCAAACAGCCAGGCCCCGGGCAGCCACCUCCUAUCUGGACCCAAAGCGUCAUCCAUGAUCCAGUCAGUGAAACUCAGGGUUUGGAAAACAAAGUCAGUCCUGAUCCUCAGAAGAAUUCGGAAGACAUCAGAACAGAGGCUCUGGCCAAGGAAAUCGUCCACCAGGACAAAUCUCUGGCAGACAUUUUGGACCCAGACUCCCGGAUGAAGACAACUAUGGACCUGAUGGAAGGAUUGUUUCCCCGAGAUGGAAACUUGAUGAAGGAAAAUGGCGUAAAGAGGAAGGCCAUGGAAAGAGCUGUUGGUUUCCCUGGAUGUGAAGGCAAGAGGCGUGAAGAAAAGGAAAUGGGGAGCGUGUUGGUCAACUGUCCUGCUUACUACAAUGUGUCUGCCCCUAAGGCUGAACUUCUGAACAAAAUCAAAGAUAUGUUAGAAGAGAUGAAUGAGGAAGAUGAACAGACAGACGUCAAUGAAAAGAAGGCAGAGCUCAUCGGAAGCCUCACCCAGAAGCUUGAGACCCUUCAGGAAGCCAAGAAGAGUGUGCUGCUGGACAUCAAGCUCAAUAACGCUUUGGGAGAAGAGGUGGAAGCUUUGAUCCAUGAGCUCUGCAAGCCUAAUGAGUUUGACAAGUACAAGAUGUUCAUUGGGGACUUGGACAAAGUGGUGAACCUGCUGCUUUCCCUCUCGGGGCGCCUGGCCCGAGUCGAGAAUGUCCUUAAUGGCCUCGGUGAAGAUGCCAGUAAUGAAGAACGGAGUUCUCUCAAUGAGAAGAGGAAGGUCCUGGCUGGGCAGCACGAGGACGCCCGGGAGCUCAAGGAGAACCUCGACCGGAGAGAGCGCCUGGUGCUGGACAUCCUGGCCAACUACCUGUCAGAGGAGCAGCUCCAGGACUACAAGCAUUUUGUGAAAAUGAAGUCCACCCUCCUCAUUGAGCAGCGGAAGCUGGAUGACAAGAUCAAACUGGGCCAGGAGCAGGUCAAGUGUCUGCUGGAGAGCCUUCCCUCGGAUUUCAUUCCAAAGGCGGGCGGCCCGGCGCUGCCCCAGGACCUUAGAAGUGACGCGGCUCCUGCUGGGACAUGUAUUUCAAGUAGUGAUUUUCCAGCAUUAACUUCUCCACUUUAA